UCGUAGAAGAGUCUGUGAUGUCAAUAAAACAGCCGAAGUGGACGAUCUGAUCUCCAAUCUCAUAAAAGGAAAUCUUCUUCCGUCCGCGCAGUUGUGGAUCACCUCCAGACCAGCCUCCGGGGACAAGAUUCCAGCAGAAUACAUCACACGUGUGACAGAAAUCCAGGGAUUCAACGACGCUCAGAAGGAGGAAUAUUUCAGGAAGAGAAUCAGCGACGAGCAUCAAGCCAGCAGAAUCAUGUCACACAUUAGAAGAGCGAGAAGCCUCCACAUCAUGUGUCACAUACCAGUCUUCUGUUGGAUCACUGCAAACGUUUUACAGAAAGUGCUGGAAACAGAACCUGAGCAGAUCUCUUCCUCUCUGACUGAGAUGUACACACGCUUCCUUCUCAUCCAGAUCAAUGAAAAUAAGAGGAAAUACCUGCCUGGAAUCAAACAAGAUAAUCUACCUAACCUGCACGACUCAGAUGUGGAGACUGUCCUCAUUCUUGGGCGUCUGGCCUUUGAAAACCUGUUAAAGAGCAAUCUCUUGUUCAGUGAGAAGGAGCUGAGGACGUUCGGCAUUGAUGUAAAUGAGCCAUCCGUGUGGUCUGCCGUCUGCACACAGAUACUCAUAAAGGAAGAUUCCAUGUUCUCAGAGAGCAAAUACAGCUUUGUGCACCUCAGCUUUCAAGAAUAUCUGGCGGCGCUCUUUGUGUAUCACACAAGUGUUGUGAAGAAAGUCAAUCUGCUGAAGACUCCCCGAAAGCAGCAAUACACUUUUUAUGAUGACUAUGGCGACGAGUAUGAUCUACCUGGACAUGAAGACCAAAAGACAGCUUCUGUGGAAGAGGAAAGCUUGCAUGACUUCCAGAGAUGUGCCAUCGACGUAGCUCUGGAAAGCACCAGCGGACAUCUGGAUCUCUUCCUGCGCUUCCUUCUUGGCAUCUCCCAUGACUGCUGUCAGACAUUACUAAAGUCCUUUCAGCUAACGGCGGACAGAGGUCAGCUCGAUUAUCAGAAGACAACGGAGUACAUCAGGACGAAGCUUAAAGAGGAAGACAAUCGUAAGACUCCGUCUGCGGAACGAUGCAUUAACCUCCUCUUCUGUCUGAUGGAGCUCGGGGAUCACUCCAUGAUAGAAGAGAUUCAGAGUUUUACCAUCUCUGAGCUACAGAGGGGACAGAAACUGACCGCUGCCCAAUGUUCCACUCUGGCCUACAUAAUACAGAUGUCAGAGGAGGUUCUGGAAGAACUGGACCUAAGUAAAUACAACACGACAGACGAGGGCAGGCAGAGACUGGUGCCAGCGGUGAGGAACUGCAGAAAGGCAAUAUUAUCAGCGUGCACACUCACACAGAAAUGUUGUGAGGUCAUCACCUCUGCUCUUCUAAAGCCUCAGAACUCAGUACUGGAAGAAUUGGACAUCAGUUGGCAGUGUCUGCGUGACCUUUCACCUCUCUGUCGUGGACUGGAGAGUCCCUACUGUAGACUCCAGUCUGUCAACUUCAGUCAUACCAACCUGGAGAAAAGAGGAACAUAUCUUCUUCAAUCCGCUCUGUUUGGACCUCAGAUUCAACCGCAGACACUGAGAGUGUUUUCUUGCGGCCUCAAAGACGACUGCACCAAUACUCUGGCAUUAGCACUCGAAUCGUCUGAAUCCAGACUGACGGAGCUCAAUGUUGGCUACAAUAACUUCACUACAGAUGGAGUCGAGCGAAUCUCUCGAGGUGUCUUGAGUCCCAGCUGUGAGCUAAUGAAACUCUGUAUGUCCGGCUGUCAGGUUAGUGUGGAAUCCUGCAAGCUACUGUCUUUGGCUCUGGAAGACUCAUUCCUGGUUGAUCUGGAUCUGAGCAGCAGCUGGAUUGGAGAUGCAGGACUGAAGCAGCUCUGCGCUGGAUUAUCGAGUCCUCGCUGUCAGCUGCAGAUACUGAGGCUCAGAGACUGUGCGCUCUCAGGAUUCUCGUGUCUGUAUCUGGCAGUAGCACUGAGCUGCUUCUCUGUCCUGAGAGAGCUUGAUCUGAGUAACAAUGACCUGAGGGAUUCAGGAGUGAAGCUGAUCUCUGCUGGUCUACAGAACAGUAUCCUCAGACGUUUGGGGUUGUCAGGUUGUAUGGUGACAGAUGAAGGAUGUUGUAAUUUGGCUUCAGCUCUGAGUUCAAACCCGUCACACCUGAGAGAACUCGACCUGAGCUACAAUCACCCUGGAUAUCUAGGCGUUCAAAAGCUCUCUGAUAGACGUGAUGAUACACACUGUGCUCUGGAGAUACUCAGACUGGAUCAUGUUGGACCUCUUCGAAUCAUACGGGGCCUCUGGAAAUACCACCAUGAGCUCACACUCAACCCAAUGACAACAGACUCAGCUCUGACGAUGUCCAGCGACAAUAAAGGGGUUGUUCGAUUACCUGAGGGCCAUUUUCUGUCAUACGACUCGGACUCAGAGUCUGACUCGGCGAAAGAAAAGUCCUGGUGUAAAGCGUUCUGCAGAGAAAUGCUGUCAGGUGGACGCUUCUACUGGCAGGUGGACUGGAAAGGCUUUAUGGUUUCUAUUGGAGUGAAGUUCAAGACAAAAGUCAUGAGCUUUACUAAAAAGGUUCUACACCUUUGCUGCAGCAGCGGCCAAUACGUCGCCGUGCAUGAAGACAAGUUCCAGACUAGAUCGAUAGCAAUCGGGGUUAUGCCCAAGAGCAGCACAGUCGGGGUGUUUCUGGACUGCGCAGGAGGAACGCUGUCCUUCUACAGCAUCCUCCCUCGUGGGCCAGUUCACCUUCACACUUUUCACACAGCGUUCAAUGAUCCGGUGUCACCCUACUUCGACCUCAAUGCCACAGAUCUGGAAAUCCAACCCUCGUCGGUGAUCAUUCACACGCUAGAUCCGAGUUCUGUCGUACGCACUUACAUGUUACUGUUGCCCAAAGUGAAAGAAGCAUUUGAAUGGCUUUCCUUUGACCCAUUCUCACGACGCUCAGCAUGGCGCUAAUGACACCAAAGUCAUGGGUUCAAUCCCAGGGAUGGCAAUAUACUCAGGAACAGUCACUUGGAUAAAAGCGUCUGCCAAAUUUUUAAAUGAAAUGUAAACUGUUAAUAUGUGACGGUUAACUGGACAGAGUAAAGACGACAUACUUUUGCUGGUCUACUGUAUAUUCGCCUUUGUCCAGAGCAUCAGGUCUUGCUUGGUCCCGGUCAUUAUUCUUCUUGUUCUAAUGAGCAGUAUUAAUGAAACAAUCACAUUUCAAAACAUUAUGGAUUAGAUUAUGCAUCAUAGUUUUCUGACAUUCUCAUGUAACAUUUCAUGUAAAUGUUCGUUGACAUCAACUGCACUUCUAUUUCUAAUUUAUUUUGUUCUUAUUCUUUCUAUACAUAUACACUUUAUUGUUUCUUAAAGUCUAAAGUUGUAUUUGUGAUUUUAAAUCAUUUGCAUCUUAAUGAUACGUCUUAUUUCUCUUUUUCAAUCAUUUUAUGUAAAGCACUUUGAAUUGCCCUUGUGUAUGAAAUGUGCUAUAUAAAUAAACUUGUCUUGCCUAAAUCAA